UAAUUAAGAUUUAAGAGUACUCUAUAAUUAAAUCUAGUAUUAAAUGAUUCUAUUUUAUUAAUGUCUUCAUAAACUGAAAUACUCUAGUCUCUCUAUAUUUUUCUGAGACCGCAAGUUAUGUAGCCCUUGACGUACGUUACUCAUCCGUAGUUGAUAGUAACGGUACUUAAAAUUGUGUAUUUAGGGUUUACGCAGACAUAAAUAUUUAACGUAUCUUGAAUAUACUAUUUGUAAAGAAUCUUUGUCGGGAGUUGUUUUGUUCGUUUGAUGAUUUUUCAGUUUUCAUGAUCCGUUUAUCAUCAGGUAGUAUAUCACAUUUCAUCUAUUUUGAGUCAUUUUUCUAUGCAAUAAUGCAAGCAACCUCUAAAUUUUACAAUGUAUCUUAAAAGUAUCUCCUGGAUAUGUUUUAAUUUAAGAGUAUAUGUUUCAUCAAAUCAUAUGCAUGCAUGUAAAAUACCAAUUAGAAAAUAAAAGAUCACAUGCCUGAUGCAUGUAUGAGAACAUGUCAAAUUCAAAACUAAACAGUUACACGUUUAUUGAUAUAAGUCGAAAGAUGUACGAGAACAUGUCAAUUUCAAAAUGAAACAAUUUCAAAAUGUACGUCUUUAGUUUCAUAUACUACUAGUUUGAACUUCGACUAAACGAUGAUUUGUGUACUUAAAAGCAUAAUAAUUAAUAAUCGACUAAUUAAAUCUCAAUAUAAGACAAAAACAUAGAUUAUUUAAAUUGCUUAUUGUUGUAACUGGUUGACACAAACAUAUUUUGACUAUUGGAUGUCAAUAUAAGUUAGAACAAGUGACAAAUUUUCUGUACAUUAAUCCACUCCUUGUGUUUGUUCUUGCCAUGCUUUAAUCUACAACUUGUUAAUGGUACCAAUAUUUUGGCAAAGUAUAUAUAUAUCCCUUUCACUUAAUUUUUCUAGCAUAGUUACUCACAUACAUAGACUAUAAAUAGCUUGCAGAUACGAUUUGUUAUGUUCCAGAAUUUUAUAACAAUGUGACACUUAUAGUAAAAACAAACAACAACCUGCUUUAUAUUUAACUUUUAUCUGUUCUCCUCCACAAAGGAUAAUUCGGUUUUUCUUUUCUAUCAGUUUCUGAAUAUGUAUCGAACCAAUAUAAUAAGAGUGCAAUAAUAGAAUAAUAAUUAUCUUUUUUUCUUCAUUCGACAUGUGGCAGAGUAAGAACUUUUGGCAAUAAUUUUCCCGCUUUUAAUAAAAUUUAUUCCUAUUAAUAGCCAAACCCGAAAAAAUGAAACUGGAAUAGUAAUAAAUGUUAAAGAUCACCUGCGCCACACCUCACCGCACAUCAAACCGAUUAGCCGACGAUCUUAUUCUCUCAACCUCGAUUACUCCACGUGGCGUGUUGUUAUAGGAAAAUUCAGUAGACAGAAAACGUUUUGUGUAACACAAAAUCACAAAUAGCCAUCUUCUUCACCAUUUCUGCAAAAACUUUCAUUCUUCCUCUUCCUUGUCUACCUUGUCUUCAGUAACAAUCAGAAAACAAAGAUCAAAUGGUUUCAUAAUUCUCUCUUUGUCUCCUUUUUUGUCUUCCUCUUUUAUAUUAAUUUUUAUAAAUUCAAAGCAUAACAAACGCAAAGUUGAUUUUUUAUUAUAAUUUUCGUGUCGAUGGAGAGAAAGUCACAGUGAUUAAUCUAAUCAUACUGUUGAAAUCUUUGCUCUUUUGUCAAAUAUUCAUCAUCAUUUUGUUUUGUGUAAACAAAAAAAAACAUAUCUUUCUCGUUUAGGAGAGAGAAAAUCCUGAAGACGAAGGAGACAGGAAGAGGAACAUAUCUCUCGUAAUCCACUGCUAAAUUCGGAUCCGGAUCGGUUGGGUUUUUGUUUUUUUUUCGGUGUCCAGUUGGAUGUUUGCGGCGGAACUAAAAGUUUUCGUUUGCGGCUGUGACUGUGGUUCGUCGUCUUCAAUCAACAUCCUCUUCCUCUUUCUUCCAAAACGCUACAGAGAUGACGCCAGUUGAUAAUAGUAACUACAACAACAGUUCUUCUCAUCAAAAACUCGGUUAUGAACAAAGUGGGUUGAAGAGGAAGACAUCUGAUGCCACUACAAACACCAAUGAUCAUCAAGAAGUGGAAGAAGGAGAAGGAGAAGAGCAAAGAGGUGUUGAUUCGAUGGUUGGUGGUGGUGCACCUGCAGAGGAUGGAUAUAACUGGAGGAAAUACGGACAGAAGCUAGUGAAAGGAAGCGAGUAUCCACGAAGCUAUUACAAGUGCACAAACCCGAACUGUCAGGUGAAGAAGAAGGUCGAGAGAUCAAGAGAAGGCCACAUUACUGAGAUUAUAUACAAAGGAGCUCAUAAUCACUCCAAACCUCCGCCUAACCGCCGCUCAGGAAUGCAACUAGAUGGAACUGAACAAGCUGAACAACAACAACAGCAGCAGCAGAGAGAUAACACUCAACAACAAGUUGGAAGCAAUGAGAACAACGUCGAAGAGGGAAACCAAUCUGCUCAAACCGGAGGUCAAUAUGAGUCAGGUGAUGUGAUUGUGGUUGAUGCUUCGUCAACAUUCUCUAAUGAUGAAGAUGAAGAUGAUAGAGGGACUCAUGGGAGUGCUUCUUUGGGAUAUGAUGGAGGUGGAGGAGAUGGAGAAGGUGGAGAAGAUGAAUCCGAAUCGAAAAGAAGGAAACUUGAGGCUUACGCAAUAGAGAUGAGUGGAGCAACAAGAGCUAUUCGCGAGCCAAGAGUCGUUGUGCAGACAACGAGUGGUGUUGACAUUCUCGACGAUGGCUAUCGCUGGAGAAAGUAUGGUCAGAAAGUUGUCAAAGGCAAUCCAAACCCGAGGAGUUACUACAAAUGCACAGCACCUGGAUGUACAGUGAGGAAACAUGUAGAGAGAGCUUCUCAUGACCUCAAAUCCGUUAUAACCACUUACGAAGGCAAACACGACCACGAAGUCCCUGCCGCACGUAACAGUAGUCACGGUGGCGGCGGUGGAAACGGUAACAGCGGCGUUUCAGCUGCUCAAACUAAUCAUUACUCAGAGCCUCCACGUGGCAGAUAUGACAGACAGCUCAACCAGUCUCAGUUUGGACGUCCCUUUAGCUUCCAGCCUCAUUUGGGUCCUCCUUCCGGUUUUGCGUUCGGUCUAGGACAAACCGGUUUGGGUAAUUUUUCGAUUCCUGGUUUAGCGUUUGGUCAAGGGAAGUUACCGAGUUUACCUUACCAGUACCUGAGUCAACCGGGUGGGAUGAGUGAAGCGAUGAUGCAGAGAGGGAUGGAGCCUAAGGUUGAACCGGGUUCAGAAACAGGACAAUCGGUAUAUAACCAGAUAAUGAGUAGAUUACCACAGAUUUGAACAUUUUUUCUCUUUUCUUUUGCAUUUGCAUAUGAUAAAUUUUAAUUUCUGUUUCAUUUUCUUUAAUUUUUAUUAGUUUGGAACAUUGGGGAAGGUUAAAAGCUGUUACCAUUUCCGUUCUUU